GAGCUCUGACUCCGCGGACCCGCAGCCGCCUCGGGUGCCCCGGACUCCCGGGCCCCGGCCCGCAGCCGCCGCCCGGCGCGACAGCGUCUCGGAGCCCGGGCGGGCGCGGUGCGGCGGCGCCGGGCUGUUUGAUGGCUUCGCUGAGGCGGGUGAAGGUGCUGCUGGUGCUGAACCUGGCGGCCGUGGCCGGCUUCGUGCUGUUCCUGGCCCGGUGCCGGCCCAUCUCCGUGCGCGGCGGGGACGCCUUCCACGAGCUCCGGCCGCGCGCCGAGGCCGCCAACCUCAGCGCGCCCGCCCGCCCCGUCCAGGACGCUGUGCUGCGGCGCCUGUCGCUGCUCGAGGACAUCGUCUACCGGCAGCUCAACGGCUUGUCCAAAUCCCUUGGGCUCAUUGAAGGUUAUGGGGGCCGAGGAAAAGGCGGUCUUCCUGCUACCCUGUCCCCGGCUGAAGAAGAAAAGGCCAAAGGACCCCAUGAGAAGUAUGGCUACAACUCCUUCCUCAGUGAGAAGAUAUCACUGGACCGCUCCAUUCCGGAUUACCGGCCCACCAAGUGCAAGGAGCUCAAGUACGCCAAGGAGCUGCCCCAGAUCUCCAUCAUCUUCAUCUUCGUGAACGAGGCGCUGUCGGUGAUCCUGCGGUCUGUGCACAGUGCUGUCAAUCACACGCCCACACACCUGCUGAAGGAGGUCAUCCUGGUGGAUGACAACAGCGACGAAGAGGAGCUGAAGGCACCGCUGGAGGAGUACGUCCACAAACGCUACCCUGGGCUGGUGAAGGUGGUACGGAAUCAGAAGCGAGAGGGGCUGAUUCGAGCACGUAUCGAGGGCUGGAAGGCAGCCACGGGCCAGGUCACUGGCUUCUUUGACGCGCAUGUGGAGUUCACCGCUGGCUGGGCGGAGCCAGUCCUAUCCCGCAUCCAGGAGAACCAGAAGCGUGUGAUUCUGCCCUCCAUCGACAACAUCAAGCAGGACACGUUCGAGGUCCAGCGCUACGAGAACUCGGCCCACGGCUACAGCUGGGAGCUGUGGUGCAUGUACAUCAGCCCCCCAAAAGACUGGUGGGACGCUGGAGACCCCUCCCUCCCCAUCAGGACGCCCGCCAUGAUCGGCUGCUCUUUUGUGGUGAAUAGGAGAUUCUUCGGUGACAUUGGCCUCCUGGAUCCCGGCAUGGACGUGUAUGGAGGAGAGAAUAUCGAGCUGGGAAUCAAGGUGUGGCUGUGCGGGGGCAGCAUGGAGGUGCUCCCCUGCUCACGUGUGGCACACAUCGAGAGGAAGAAGAAGCCGUACAACAGCAACAUCGGCUUCUAUACCAAGAGGAACGCUCUGCGCGUGGCGGAGGUGUGGAUGGACGAUUACAAGUCCCACGUGUACAUUGCAUGGAAUCUGCCACUGGAGAACCCAGGGAUCGACAUAGGCGAUGUCUCUGAGAGAAGAGCCUUGCGGAAAAGCUUGAAGUGUAAGAAUUUCCAGUGGUACCUGGACCACGUCUACCCUGAGAUGAGGAGAUACAAUAACACCGUGGCCUAUGGGGAGCUGCGAAACAACAAGGCAAAAGAUGUCUGCCUGGACCAGGGCCCCUUGGAGAACCACACGGCCAUACUGUACCCAUGCCACGGAUGGGGGCCACAGCUCGCCCGCUACACCAAGGAGGGCCUCCUGCACCUGGGCGCCCUGGGAACCACCACGCUCCUGCCCGACACCCGCUGCCUGGUAGACAGCACCAAGAGCCGGCUGCCCCAGCUCCUGGAUUGUGACAAGGUCAAGAGCAGCCUGCACAAGCGCUGGACCUUCAUCCAGAACGGAGCCAUCAUGAACAAAGGCACGGGACGCUGCCUGGAGGUGGAGAACCGGGGCCUGGCUGGCCUGGACCUCAUCCUGCGGCCCUGUACGGGACAGCGGUGGACGAUUAAGAAUUACAUCAAGUAGCCCGGAAGGGCUGGGUCUAGCGAGCCCACCUCAGGACGCAGUGGCGACCACAGGAGCGUGGGCACCAUGGGAGCCAGGCCCAGGGGUGGCACAGGGACCCCAGCUGAAGACUGGAAGCCCCCUGGAUCUCCCAGCCUCCCUGAGGCCUGUGAGCCUUGGAAAGCACCCCUACCCCUUCUUGGGGACCCCCAGAGCUCUGUCCCCCACAGCUCCAGACCUGGGGGAGGAGCCACUGUCCACCUCAUCACCGUGUCAUCCUCGCCCUAAUGCCAGGGUCUGGGCCGGACAAGGCCACCUUCCUCAUUGCCUGCCGCAGCCACAGCUUCCAAACCUCACCCUGGCCCUCAGAGAAAUGGGGUGUGUGUGUGGGGGGGGGUGUUCCAUCACCCUCUUCAGAAGAGGAGCAAGUCCCCCCACUCUGUUCCUCUGAGCUGGCUCCUGCGUGUUCAUGCUCCACAGCCCAAGGAGGCCCAGGGCUCACCAGGGUUCCCAGAGGGGACUGUAAGGGGCGACGCCAUUGCUCCCCGGGGCACCAGGCUCCUCCAUGUGGCCCGAGGGAGCCAGAAGCAAGCUGAGCGCUGCCGUGAGUGCAGCCUGCUCUGCCGGCCACCUGCCUCAUGGUGCCUCCGAGGAGAACGUGGAGCUAAAGAGCAGCCAGUGAUGACCCAGGACCUCAAGGAGGCUGUGUGUUGUGCUGGCCUUGCCCAGCUCUGCCGGCCGCAGUGGGCAGCCGGGCUGUCAUCUCCUCUCUGCAGAAUAAUCGCCUCGUUUCUUUCCAAUUACCCUCUGGCUAGGGUGCACCUGUAAAUCAGAGUUUAAUAUAUGAGCGUGUGUGCAUGCAUGGGAGAGGGCGUGUGUGAGUGUGUGCAUGUGUGCGUGCGCGUGUGUGCGUGUGGCAGAGCAUCGCAGCUCUGUGACCUGGGGUUUGCUGCUUUGCUCACCUGGAUGGGGCAGGCUCCCGUCACCAGCCAUGGCCUUGCCUGGGGCGGCCCCACCUCUGCCAGUCUGUCCCCACUGCAAUCCCUGGCCACCCCCUGUCCAGGACCAAACCCCAUAGUCAUCUGCCCUGGGUGUGGGGCCAGGGUCUCACUUGGCAUUCUCCUGGUGAUGGCCCCAUUGCCCCAUCCCCCAUCUUGAAAUAAAUAUGUUAGCACUUCC